AUGGACGAUCUACAGGGGUGGUACGAGCGCGUCGACGAGCUGGCUGCCAAAGGCUUACUGACUCCCGAUGGCAUUCUCAAAGGAAUUAACCAGAAUGUCCUCAUAUGGUGCGCGCUGAACGAAGAAACAGAGAUGCCACACCUUUGCAAAGUCUUUGACUCUUUGGCCAGUGAGAAGAAUGGUACGAAGAUACUCACCCAGUCCGCAUUCUUGUCCUUCCUCGAAGCCACCGGCUUUCUUCCACCACCCCUAAGAGAGGCGGGUGCGCUCGUAUACCGCAGUCUUCUAUACCUAUCCCAAUAUCCAUUAUAUCUAUCUAUCCCUGAAGCUCUGACAUAUGAAGAGUUCAUGCGUGCGGUGGCAUGGAUCAGGCCCCGCAAAUCGAGGCAUAUUUAUGAUGCAGGCCAGGAUGGUCGGUCCAGAUCACCGGCUGACUCUAGAAGGCAACUCUUCCAGAGCUUUGCAACUACCCGGGAUGGCAGGUCUAUUCCGUUUGAUGCGGUACAUGCGAGGAAGCAGGCGGAGCAAAGAGCUUUUGAUUUCACAGGCGCUGAUUGUGCACACACUUGUCGUCAAUUCGCUGCUACGAACUAUGAUGACGAUGGCGAUGAGAUGUUCCACGACAUUCUUGAUGUGCUGUACAGUGUGCAGCCCAAAGAAAUUGGGUGGAGGUCACCUCCCAGAGACUCUUUCCGGCCGGUGGCGAGGAAGCUGGUGAGGGAGGAACGCGUCCAUCAUCUUAGUAUCCCUCAGAAUGAGUUUCAAUCUGUUGUGAAGCUGCUUGUGGCUACAUACUUCGGAAAACCGAGAGUCUCGGUCGAGCAACUGGCUGACCUGGACCAUGUUGUGGAUUGCAUCGUCCGCCCUGUUAUUCAGAGGCCCAAUAUUGGUAUUACCUGGGACAUGUUUGACCAGGCUGUUGGUAAUGGAAUGCCGCUACUCAUGGAGGGCCUUCAGCGUCUCUUGGGGCCGUUUUACAGAGACCCCGAGGACAACGAUAUUAUCAUCAGUCUCCCUCAGCCAGGAAAGGUGGCCACCCUCCCUGUCUUGGCGCAAAUGAGUUCCCUUGGUGUCUUCUCGUGGUGGUUUGUCUCUGUCAAGCCACCUAAGUCCUACGAUGUCAGUGCCCCGACCAUCACGGCGUCAGCCCUGGCAGAUGACCUAGACACCUUGCCCAACGCUGCGAUUGCCCUUCUCGUUUCAGGAAAGAAUUCACAGACCGGAGAGAAGACCGCGUUUGGCUACUACAUACCUGAUCCCGAAUUCAAAGAAGUGCAAAAGUUUUUGUUCCAACUCAGUCCAAUCCAGGAUGCUUUUCGCGGAAAUAAUACCCGAUCCGGUCGUGAGCUGGACCGUGGCGAGUUGGUCUUUGGGCAGAAGGGGAAUGGUGUUUCAAUGGUGUUGCAGCAGGACUUGAAGAAGGCAAUUGUGUCUCACAGUAUCUCUGGACAACAUGAGCCAAUGUAUCCUGCUACUGCCUGGAGAGGGGACUGGCGGGUCGAGAUCGAGGUGGAGGAUAUUGAGGUGUGGACUGAGCAGCAACCUGAGUAUGACGAUGAAGACGAAGAGGAAUAA